AUUGUGAGCCAUAAAUGUUUAAAACUCAGCCGGUACAUCAAAUGAAACGAGCUUAUCCCGGGCGGCGCGUGUAAUAAGGUGUUGAACGUGCACCUCCGCUUUGCUGAUUGCUGAUUCCAUGACUGUUGAGGAACCUUUCAAAGGAUAUAAUUUAUUAGCAUAUUUUAUCAAUAGCAAUCCGCAUCCUACAUUGACAAAGUUUGUGCAAGAACAUAGGGCGGAUUUUCCCGCUUGGCAUAUUACACCUUUGAAACCCGACGAUUUGGAGCUUAUAUGGACCAGCCGAUUUUCAGAGCUUUACGAUGAGUUGAAAAAGGAAGCGGAAAAGAUCGGGGGAACACGAGUGCGCAUGACCCUGUGGAAACAGAUUUCUCGAGAUCUGGUGGAGCAUAUCAAAUUGAACCGGGCCGCUAUUGAUAAGAGGGAAACGUUGCGAUGGAUUCGCGCGGAAAAAAAAGAGCUGCAACGAUUAAAGCCUACACAAGGAAAAACGUCUUCCACGAAAGACACCUCCAACUCUCAAACGAAACCAGGAUCCGCAGAACCUUUGGACACGAUGCAGCAACAUGUUACCAACACAACACAAAUAGAAGCUUUGACAGAGUCAAAACAGCCUUCCAAUGUACAAACCGAAAACCAGCACGAUUCAGUCGGAACACAACCUGUAAUACAGGCACCGCAAAAUGUAUUCCAUUUUACUACAAAUCGAGCAUCAAAAUCGACGGAAACGGAAGCGGGAACGACAGCGGCAACGGCAACGGCAAUCGAAGCUUCCCUUCCGACAUUGGCAACGUCAUCUUCACAACUGCCAACAGACAAGAUCAAUUCGGCAACGUCAAGGUCUCGGCAGCCUGAAGUCAAAAGCGCAUUGGAAGAGUCCUGUUUAAAGACCUCACCAUCCUCCGUUCACGAUGUAACUAUUGUACUAUACGCCGAUAUACUGAUGCUGAAAUUGAAAUGAAUGCGUUAGGUUUUUUCGCGAUGGACAGAGGAUACGAUUGAUGUUUCGAGCGAACUAUUUCAGUUUCAAAAGGAAUGCAUACAAAAGCAGCAACUGGAUCUUCCCAUGACCGACGUUGAAUUGCUGGCUUUGAAUAGCAUCUU